CCAUCUUUCUUUACCUCCUUCACUUCAGCUACCGUUAAACCAUGGGUGCCAUUGUUAUUCCUCAAGAGUACGGCUACGUCCUUUCCACCCUUGCUGCCAGUGCCCUUUUCGUCUUCGGUCUGGGUGCUCAGACCGGCAAGUACCGUCGUGCUGCUGAUGUCCCUUAUCCUUACCCAUAUGCCGAUAAGGCCGAGGCUGAAAAGGACCCAAAGAAGAACUUGUUCAACUGCGCCCAGCGUGUCCACCAGAACACCUUGGAGAUCUACCCUGUCUACGCGACCUUCCUAUUGAUUGGUGGUAUCGGCUACCCCGUCUACGCUUCGACUGCUGGUGUCGUUUUCCUUGCCGGCCGCUUCUUCUUUUCCUCGGGCUAUCUUACUGGCAACCCUUCGAAGCGCAUGCGUGGCGUCUUUAGCUACCUUGCUCUCCUUGCCCUCCUGGGCAUGUCGGGCUCUACUCUCUACAGCUUGUUGCAGUAAAACUUCUCUUACAUAUGAUAAUCUCUUUGCCUCUCGUUUUGUAGCUCAUUGUCACCGCCAUAAUAAUUAGUUUUUUCGUUCCUUCCCUUGCCGUUCCUUUUAUCUCUCUGCCUAACUUGCUAUUGUACACAGAACUCAACACUUCACCCUGCACACGUGCAAAACAUUGCUCAAUUCAUCCAUGAUCUUUAGUUUUUUUUUAUAAUACGAUUAUAAAGUAAAUAUAUAACUUUGUAUGCGAAAACAUUCAAA